UCAGUGGCCGGCGCACGCGCAUACUAUACGCACUGCGCGGGAUUAUUGUGAUUAAUUGUUUAUUUUAGUUCGAUACUGGUUCAUGUUCAGUGGAUUCUAGUGAAAAAUACGGAACCAAAAAUGUUGGAAGGAACGAAAAUCAACUCUCCGUCACAAAUGGCGAGCGUUUUCGACAUCGCCAAGGACACAGUGCUGUUCCUAGUGCUAUCCUGCUAUUACAUCCUGGAGUCCCUAUUCUGGACCUUAGUGCCUAACGCAAUAAGACCUAUGAAGAGCCUCAAGGGUGAUGUGGUGUUGGUAACUGGAGGUGGUGGCGGUGUUGGUCGCCAACUCGCCGUUAAAUUGGCUAGGCUUGGAGCCAAGGUCGUAGUUUGGGACAUCAGCAAAGAAGGUUUACAAAAGACUUGCGCGGCGGUCAUUGAUGAAGGCUACGAAAUCGCGAGCUACGUCGUAGACCUUGCGGAUCGUAGCGCUGUCUACGCAGCCGCCGAGAAAGUCAAAAAAGAGGUCGGCAAAGUAGACGUGUUGAUCAACAACGCAGGCACGGUGUUCGGUGAAACACUGCUGGACCUCUCGGACUCGGCUAUAGAAACCACGUACAAAGUCAACAUCCUCUCACAUUAUUGGACCGUAAAAGCAUUCCUACCAGACAUGAUCAGCUCUGGCAAGGGCCACAUUGUGACGGUGGGCUCGGUAGCUGGGCUGCUCGGCACCUACCGCUGCACAGACUACAGCGCUACCAAGUUCGCCACCGUCGGCUUCCAUGAGAGCCUGUUCACGGAGUUGAGGGCUCACGGACACACAACAAUCCAUGCAACACUGGUUUGUCCAUACUACAUAAACACAGGCAUGUUCGACGGCGUUACCCCUCGUCUGAUGCCCAUGCUGGAGCCCGACUACGUAGCCGAAACCAUGAUCGACUCUAUCAGGAAGAACGAGGUCAACUGCAUCAUGCCCGGAUCCGUCAGAUACCUUCUACCUCUCAAGUGCCUGCUGCCAGCGAAAAUGUGCUGGGACCUAAUGCACAGAGUGAUGAAGGGGCCACAGUCCAUGAUGGAGUUCAAAGGAAAACCAAAGGCCGUAGCUAGUUAGACCUUUAGUUUAUAGUCGCACAAUUUACUUUGUAAAUAAGGCACACUAUAAAAUUUUAAACUAUUCGAUCAAGGAGAUCGACUAAUCUAGAGAUUAAACAGAAGACUGAACGUGUUUUCAGUAGCAUUUUAAGUUAAGUUUUUAGUAAAUAAAUAAUAAAAGAUUGGACAUAA